UUGCCCUAUUCUGAAACUUUUCAGAAACUUAUCUCUCGAACCAGUACGAAACCACAUACCAUACACCAGAAACCCUUGAACUCGAAGAAGGUCCAAUUAGCUUCUCGGGUUCGUUCCAAGGCCCAAUCACCAUCUCCCUCCGGUGAGCCCUCUCUCUCUCUCUCCUCUCUCUGCAAAACCCUAGAUCUCUCUCCGGCCAUCCCUGAAGGCUCGGUUUCCGGUUCGGAUCCUUGUUUUCACCGUCAGAUUCCGUUGACGUAUAUAUUAACUGCAGGAAGAUACAUAUCAAGACAAGAUGGUCACCCUUGAAGAAGACAAAGUGGUCGUGACUCCUGAUGCGAAAAAUAUGCCAGUCAGUACGGAUUUUCAGCCUAGCAACGAUCUGGCAACUUCCGAAACUCUGUCUGGCAGUAAUGUGGAAAAUUCCGAGUCUCAGCCCAACAAGGAUUUCUCCAAUUCCAUAGCAGAGCCUAACAAAGGACUUUCUGCAUCUGAAACCGAGACUUCUAGUGCUGAUGCAAAUGCUGGGACACUGCCCAACCAUGAGGAAGACAACACCAAAGAACCUCCAAACAAUGAGCAGGAGAAUUCUGAAUCACUACCUAACAACCAGUCAAGCAAUGCUGAGGCUCCACACAACAAUCAGCCAGUUGAUUCCGAGGCCCUAGUCAACCCUGAAGCACUGCCCAACGAUCAGCUUGUUAGUUCCGAAGUUACUCUUGACAAGAAGCCUGCCUCUGAAGCUCCGUUCAGCAACGAGCUGAUUAAUUCCGAGGCACUUCCAAAUAAUGGUGUGGUUAAUUCUGAAAUACAGACCAGUAAUGACGUGGCUGUAUCUGAAACACAGCACACUGAUGAGGUGGUUUUGUCUGAAACACAUCCCAGCAAUGAGGUGGUCAUAGCUGACACUCAGCCAAACAGUGAGGUAGUCAUGUCUGACACACAGCCCAGCAGUGAGAUAGUCAUGUCUGACACACAUCCCAGCAGUGAGAUAGUCAUGUCUGAGACACAGCCGAGCAAUGACACCAUCAUGCAUGAAGCACAGACUAGCAAUGAUGUGGUCAUGUCUGAAGUUCUGCCUGAAAAUGAGUUGGCCAAUUCCGCAUCAGAUUCGAACAAUCAACUUUCUCAUCCAGAAACUCUUUCUGAUGAUAAUCAUCAGUUCACUAAUCUCCAUAUGAUUCCGGAAGAUCAGAUGCCUCAACCUGAAUCUCUGCCCAAUUCUGAUCCCCUACCUACUUCUGAACCACUGGCAGACAGUCAUCUCUCAGACAUCAAACCAAUGCAUCAUAAUCAUCCCGAAACUGUUUCUGUUGAUAAUCAUCAUUUCACUAAUAUCCAUAUGAUUCCGGAAGAUCAGCUACCCCAACCUGAAUCAUUGCCCAAUUCUGAUCCCCUACCUACUUCUGAACCAUUGGCAGACAGUCAUCUCACAGAAAUCAAACCAAUGCCUCAUAAUCAUCUGGCCCAGUAUGAUACGCUGCCCAACAAUCAUCUGGAACAUUCUGAGGCACUGUCAAACCAUCAGCUAACUGACUCUGUGACAUUGUCCCAUGAACAGCUAGGUAAUUCCCAAAUGUUGCCUCACUAUGAGCUGGAACAUAGUGAAACACUGCACGGCAAUCAGCUAGUCAGUUCUCAAACACACUAUGAGAUAGUCAAUGCUAACACCCUACCCAGCUACGAGAUAGUAAAUGCUGAAACUCCACUGAACAGUGAGGAACCUACCCCAGAAACUCAGCCAAACAAGAGGAGGAAAAAGAAGUCUAUAGUCUGGGAACACUUUACUAUAGAAACAGUCAGUGCUGGAUGUAGGAGGGCAUGCUGCAAGCAAUGCAAGCAAAGUUUUGCCUAUAGUACUGGUUCCAAAGUUGCUGGUACCAGCCACCUUAAACGUCACAUUGCCAAGGGGACGUGCUCAGCUCUUCUGCGUAGCCAAGAUCCAAAUCAAUUGACCCCAUAUACUCCACGUGCUCGGGGAGGUGGUGCUGCCAAUGCUAGCACUACACCAAAGCGACGUUAUAGAUCCCCUAGCACUCCUUAUAUCAUUUUUGAUCAAGACCGCUGCCGCCAUGAGAUUGCUAGGAUGAUCAUUAUGCAUGGUUACCACCUUCACAUGGUUGAGGAUCCAGGAUUUGUAGCAUUUGUCCGAAAUCUGCAGCCCCAGUUCAAUAUGGUGACCUUUAACACUGUUCAGGGAGACUGUGUUGCAACUUACUUGAUGGAGAAGCAAAACCUUAUGAAGUAUUUUGAGGGAUUACCAGGACGUGUUUGUCUGACACUGGACAUCUGGACCUCUGGUCAAUCCGUAGGGUAUGUGUUUAUAACUGGACAUUUUGUUGAUAGUGAUUGGAAGUUGCAAAGGAGAAUUCUCAAUGUUGUGAUGGAACCAUACCCUGAUUCUGACUCUGCUAUUAGCCAUGCUAUCGCUGUUUGCCUUUCUGAUUGGAAUUUGGAGGGCAGGCUGUUUUCUAUCACUUGUAAUCAGGCAGUGAGUGAGGUUGCCCAUGAAAGUCUCAGACCGUUACUCUCUGUGAAGAAUCCACUUAUCCUCAAUGGUCAAUUGCUAGUUGGAAAUUGCAUUGCCCGAACUUUAAGUAAUGUUGCAAAUGAUUUGUUGAGCUCAGUGCAAGGCAUAGUAAAAAAAAUCCGGGAUAGUGUAAAAUAUGUAAAAACUUCUGAAUCACAUGAGGAAAAAUUCAUGGAACUCAAGCAGCAACUUCAGGUCCCCAGUGAUAGGAGCCUUUUUAUUGAUGACCAAACCCAAUGGAAUACAACAUAUCAAAUGCUGGUGGCAUCUUCUGAGCUAAAGGAAGUGUUUUCUUGUUUGGACACUUCCGAUCCUGAUUAUAAAGGAGCCCCAUCUAUGCAAGAUUGGAAGCUGGUUGAGACCCUCUGCACAUACUUGAAGCCCCUUUUUGAUGCAGCAAACAUUCUUACCACAACAACUCAUCCCACUGCCAUUACCUUCUUUCAUGAAGUUUGGAAAUUGCAGUUGGAUCUGAGUCGUGCUGUUAUGACCGAGGAUCCCUUCAUUAGCAUCCUUACUAAACCCAUGCAAGAAAAGAUUGAUAAGUACUGGAGAGAUUGUAGUCUGGUCUUGGCAAUUGCGGUAGUUAUGGAUCCUCGUUUCAAGAUGAAGCUUGUUGAGUUCAGUUUCACAAAAAUCUAUGGCGAUGAUGCUCAUGUAUUUGUCAAGAUUGUUGAUGAUGGAAUUCAUGAGCUGUUUCAUGAGUAUGUGGCCCUUCCCCUGCCACUAACACCAGCUUAUGCAGAAGAAGGGAGCCACGUGAAGAUGGAGGGAUCUCCAGGAGGAACUCUGCUGUCAGAUAAUGGACUAACAGAUUUUGAUGUUUACAUCAUGGAAACUACUAGCCAUCAGACCAAGUCUGAAUUGGACCAGUAUCUGGAAGAAUCACUGUUGCCACGUGUUCCGGACUUCGACGUAUUAGGUUGGUGGAGGCUAAACAAACUCAAGUACCCUACUCUUUCCAAGAUGGCCCGGGAUAUAUUGUCUGUUCCAGUUUCCACUGUUCCUCGUGACUCUGUCUUUGAUACAAAAGCCAAAGAGAUGGAUCAUUAUAGAAGUUCCUUGCGACCAGAGACAGUGGAGGCCCUUGUUUGUGCCAAAGACUGGAUGCACUAUGGAGCAGCUGAAGCUUCCAAUGCGCUCGUGAAAAUGGAAUUCUAGAUUUUAUUUUUGUGUUAGGGGAGGGUGCGCUACUUGUGGAUUGGAAAAAAAGGGGAAGAGAAUGGGAGAAGGAAACGCUGGUUGAAUCUACGUGCUCUUUAUGAUGGUAGGUUCUGCUGUUUACUUGUUGUUCCUAGUUCUAGGUUGUGCUUUUUAAUUUACGUGAUUUGGAUGAUUGGACGUGAAUACUUAAAUUCUAGUGUAGCUUCGGGUUUAGAUGCUUAGAAUAGAUACUCCCUUCAGUUAUGGCCUUAUGGGUCAAUGUAAUCAUUCAAGUUCUCAAUGUGCAAUUAUCAGGAUUCAGGAGCUGCAGAUAUUUGGAUUGGGCUGGUUUUGCCCCAUCAGGAAUCCACCCCUUUUUUUUGUUCUCU